AUGAUGUCUCGGCUGACUCUCUGGCUCAUGCUUCUUACCUACGCUGAAUUGAUCGUUGUCGCAUUAGGAUCUUUCAUCCCUCAUGAUGCUCGCGAACGGUCAAGUGAAAGCAAGAGAGCAUCCUCAACCGUUUCUCAGCCAGUCAUCUGGGAGGACCUUGCCGAUAUCGAAAUCAUUCGCGUCGAUGAUACCUUCUACUACAGUGCUAGCACUAUGGCAUAUUCGCCUGGUGCUCCAAUUCUGAAAUCCACAGACUUGCAGAAUUGGGAAUAUAUCGGUCACUCUGUCCCAAGUCUUGACUUUGGCUCAGGCUAUAACAUGACGGAUGGAAACACUGCAUAUGUGAAAGGGAUCUGGGCAAGCAGCCUCAAAUAUCGCCCGAGUAACGGACAGUGGUAUUGGAUUGGCUGUAUUGAGUUUGCAAACACAUAUGUAUACACUGCCAGUAGUCCUACUGGUCCUUGGACUCAACAUGCCGUUUUUGAGGGGACCUGCUAUUAUGACUGCGGAUUGUUAUUUGAUGAAAAUGAUACACCGCAGGUUGCCUAUGGGUCCACCAACAUCCAAGUUGCCACACUGUCAUCUGACUUGACCAGCCAAGUUUCAAACAGUCAGGUAUUCAGUUACGACAAAUAUGUGGAGGGCUCCCGAUUCUAUUACAUCAACGGCUUCUACUAUAUUCUCGGUGUGCAACCAGGUGCAGCUAUCGAGUAUGUCAUCAAAUCCUCGUCUCCUACCGAAGGCUACACUGGUGGGAAUGUUGUUGCAAACGCCCCUUCAUGUCCAGUCUCGAAUGGUGGGGCUCCUCACCAGGGCGGAAUAGUCGACGAUCCUCAGGGAAAUUGGUAUUACAUGGCAUUUUGCGAUGCCUAUCCCGGCGGUAGAAUCCCGGUACUUGCGUCUAUUACUUUUGAUGACGACAACUUUCCAGUAUUGUCAGAUGUCAAUUCUUGGCCAUCUACUGUGGAAGUGCCUCUCGAUAAAAAUGUACUCUCCUCACCAACAGGUACAGAUGAGUUUUCUGGAACCACCUUGGGACACCAAUGGGAAUGGAAUCAUAACCCCGAUGAAACUGCCUUUGAUGUUGAUGACGGAUUGACACUGCGGACUGCAACUGUUACGGAUAGUCUCUACCAAGCGCGAAAUACCCUUACUCAUCGUGUACUUGGUCCCGCAAGCGACGGCACCAUUGAGAUCGAUUUCUCAAAUAUGAAGUCUGGGGACCGGGCAGGACUGGCGAUGUUCCGCGAUGUAUCCGGCUGGAUCGGUAUCAUCAAAACAGGCGAAAGUGCACAGAUUUCUGUCUGGAAAGACAUCACCAUGAAUUCUGAUUGGACCACAAACUCAAUCGGUGCAUUAGAGACCUCGAAAGACAUCUCCGAGACAUCGGUGUUCUUACGAGCCUCGGCCGAUAUUCGACCAGGAGGCGCCGCGACCGCACAAUUUAGCUAUUCUACUGAUGGUGCGACUUUCACUGAUUUUGGAACUACCUUCUCCCUGAACACAACCUGGGAGUUUUUUAUGGGUUAUCGAUUUGGCAUUUUUAACUUCGCGACCGAUUCGCUUGGAGGUUCAGUCGAGAUCAAGAGCUUUGACCUGGCUCUUAGUGAUUAG